AUGGUUUUGUUACCGCUCAUAGCUGAAUUCCUACGUCAAGCUUACGGUUGGAGAGGUGGACUGCUCAUCAUUAGCGCUCUGAUGUCAAAUAUAAUCCCAGUUGGCAUGGCAAUUAAGUUGUAUACAGAUGAGAGUAGCACACAGAGAAAUGGUUUUCAAAGUGUCCCAAGUUCGCCCCCAGAGUUCAACGAGGGAGAAGAAAGCAACAGCAGCACAAGUCGGGACACAGAAGGUGACAACAGGGACGAGAUUGGAGUGUUUCGUAGUAUCGCCAACAGCCUUCGUCAAUCUGAUUUUUACGUGGAUCCUGUGCUCAAUGUGGUACUUUGUGCAAUUUUCGUGUCGUAUCUGGUUUGGGCCGGUUGGCACUCCUUUCUUGUACCGCAUGCUCUGCAGAGGGGAAUCUCUGUCCGGAACACCAUUAUCAUCACUUUCUCAGCAGCAGUAGGAAAUACCUUUGGCAGGGCUGCUGUAGGUGUCCUUACCAACAGCCUCGCCAAACCUGUCACCCUCUAUCUAUUCCUCCCAAUCUUGAACAUCGCCGCCCUUCUUUGCGACGUAUAUUUCACCAACUUCUACGCCAUGUUGGUGACGUCAUGUAUCUCCGCAAUGGCAGUAGGAGGGGAGGCGGUGUUGGGACAUCUGGUUGUGAGGGACAGAGCAUCUCCAGAGAAGUUUGAUGUCGCGUAUGCAGCCGAAGCACUUUUUAUCGGAUUCGGGUCGUUUCUUGGUGGCUAUUUGAGUGGAAUGAUUGCGGAUCACUUCUCAUCCUACAACGCAACGUUCAAACUAUUAGCUUUCAUCGAGGUCGUCGUUCUCCUCCUCAUGGUAGUCGUGAGAUGCAAACCAAAAGCAAACCCCGUCUGAACAUGCUGUAUCGGAAGCAUCUAACAUAUAUUUUUUUACAGUGAGCUCUGAAAGCGAGUUCGUU